AUCCAAGUUUCGCUGGGUCAGCUGUGUGUUGCUCGUGUAUCAAGUGAUGCAGUUGCCGAUGAAGACUAGACUUGCCCCUAAGGAGCACCAUGUGAACCGAGUCCAUCGAAACUAACCCAGCGCACCGCGACCGCGGGUCAAGUUCCAACGUAUCGAAGUCGUGUUUUAGAGGAAGAUCCCAAGACAAUCCAUCCUUCUAAAGCUCCAUGAUUCGAUGGACGACCUCCUCAAGAGAACGAGGCGAUGGAGUCUUCCGUUAGUGCUUCUUUUCUAUAGAGGACUCCCAUCCGCCUUCUUCAUUUGUUCGCUAGAAUACAUAGCGCCCGAGAAGCAAAAUUAUUGGUGUAUAGACGAUUCCGGAGCUCGACGCCACAAUGGCACCGAUCAGUGUCACUAUUUGUCGGGAGACGGCAGAGAAAAUGCCUGCACCGCUUGGGAGUAUCAGAUUAAAAGCACGCUCACUUCAGAGUUCAACGCUGUUUGUGAUCGCAAAGACCUCCGGAGAUGGGCGCAAAGUGCGCUCAUGUUCGGCAUGAUGAUGGGGAAUCUGAUCUUCUCGCACAUCUCCGAUUGGUACGGUCGGAGAACAAUCUGCCUUCUGUCUCAUUUGUGCAUCCUCGGCGGCGGAAUCGCUUGUUCUUUUGCGCCGACUUUCCCCGUUUGGAUCUCGCUACGAAUCAUCAUGUCACUCGGACUGGGAGGGAAUCAAAAUGGACCUUUCACUUUGGGGAUGGAAUCGACGAAUCCCAAGAACAGAGCCCUAUUGGCGGUCGGAGACACUUUUGGUUGGGUCGCCGGAAUGAUCGUACUCCCAAUAUUUCCGUAUUUCAUCCACGACUGGCGGCAAUUGCAAUUCGCGAUCAGUCUGUCAACUGUGCCAAUGCUAAUGAUGGCCUGGUACGUCGACGAAUCACCCCGAUGGCUCGUCGCCACACGCAAAAUUGAACGUGUCAAAACCGUCGUGGGGAAAAUUCUAGAACGGAACGGAAUGCAGAGAUCCCCUGAUGACGUCGACGAUAUCAUUAGCAGAUGCGUCCAGGAACAUCAGAAAGCUCUGAGUGAACCGAAAACUACUCUGGUUGAUCUAUUCAAAACGCCGGGGAGAGCAUUGACGACCAUAUCACUCUACCUGCAGUAUCCCCUGAACAUAUUGGUUUACUAUAAUCUUUUCUACCUGAUUUUGGCCUUGGACACGGGAGGCCUGUUCGCGAACCUACUCUGGGCAGGCCUAUUCGAAACUCCGGUCUUACUUCUCGUCUACCUCCUCGUUGAGCAUUUUAACCGGAGAUCCUUACACUUCAUGUGCAACUUUUCGGCUGUUGUCUGUUGCGCGGUUUCAUUUCUCUAUCCCGGCAUGGGCGCGUUGUACCAGCUCCUGUUGGCAACAAUCGCGAAGAUGGGUGUCCAAGUCGAUUAUUCAGUCCUCGGAGUUCAUGUGAAUGAAAUCUACCCGACGCGAGUGAGGGGCAUAGCACUCGGAUCUUGUGUGACGAUAUCUCGCUUAGGAGCGAUUCUCUCUCCAUUCGCUCACGAUCAGGAUACCAUUAACGAAAGCCUUCUGAAUUCGUUGGCAUGCCUUGUGGCGCUGUUUCUGGUGAUCCCUUUGAGGGAAACGUACGGCAAACCAUUGCCAGACAAGUUCGAAGACGCUGACAAUGAUCAGAGUGAACUGGGUGUGGAAGAUAUCGAAAACGCUCAACCGCUCUUAGAUCAUGAUCUUCGCGACGAUUCGAAUGUUCUCAAGAGGCGAUGCUCCUUCUAG